CUUAUCUAUCUCACUCUACAAUCAGCUGUGGGAGAGAGAAAUAGGAACGGAUCGCUUGAUCGCAACACCUCUUGUGGUUAUGAAGCGAAAUGAAAAAUCCUUCUAAAAGAAGACUACCCCCUUCAAGGGAGUUGCAAGACCUUGUUUCGUAGAUGGCUCCAGCAGCGCUGAACAAGUGUAAUUACUUUAGACACCGCUGACAGUUUUUAAAUGGCGGGAAGAGAAGGGACUUCUCAGAAAAUAUUUGGAAACAAACAGCGAAGUCAUUCAGGAUACAAGAUAUUAUUGAAGGCUUCACUUACUUGAAUUCACAGCACUCCUGUACUUGGCACACUUUGUUACACUGACAACUUCAGGAUUUGGACACAUUGUGCUUCAGCGCCGUACAAAUGAACUGUGGAUAUUGAGUUUCGUACCAGCGACCUGAUUUUUCAAGUAUUUAUCAAAUAUUUAGAGUCGAAUUGUAUAUAAUUUUACGAAAAUGGUGUUACUAACGAUGAUUGCGCGGAUAUCAGACGGCCUGCCGUUGGCUGCAAGUAUGCAGGAGGAUGAACAGAGUGGGAAGAGUAUCUUGGAAUACCAAAAUCAGGCUAAAAUGCUCUUCAGGAAGCUAGGACCACAAUCUCCUGCAAGGUGCACUAUAGAAACUGGACCAUAUCUCUUUCACUAUUUAAUAGAGAAUGAGGUCUGUUACUUGGUAUUGUGCGAGAGGAAUUAUAGUAAACGUAUUGCAUAUAGCUAUCUGGAAGACAUUGCACAAGAAUUCCAUUCUCAAUAUGGGAAACGGGUUAAUACAGUUGCCAGGCCAUAUUAUUUUAUCGAAUUUGACACCUACAUUAAUAAGGCUAAGAAGGUAUUCUCAGACAAUAGAUCCCGUAGAAACAUGAAUGUUCUGAACACUCAAUUGCAAGACGUACAGCGAAUUAUGGUUCAAAAUAUCGAUGAUGUUCUUCAAAGAGGAACAGUUCUCUCAGAAUUAGACACAAAGACACAAAACUUAUCGAUGUUGUCACAGAAAUAUAGAAAAGAUGCAGCACACCUUAACAGUAAAUCAAUGUACAUUAAAGCAGUGGCUGGCCUAGUUGCAUUUUUGGUCUUCCUGCUUUACUUCUUUAUUCUUUAGUCAAUGAAACCAAUCACCAAUCAUUGUUGCAUCAGAAACUAGAUGUCAAGCGUUGGUCUGAUUAGGACGUGUCAACUACUGCGUUCUCUCCAAGGAAAAAUAAAUUUUUUUCUCCAAGUUUGGGUAAAUAUUGUAAAGCAUUUUUUUGUAUAUAUACAAGUAAUAUCGUCGACCUUUUUUAAAUAUCAAAAGAAUAUUUAAUGUUUCAACAACACAUGACUUAGCAUCAAUUGAUUUAUAUGUGAAAAAUUUUACUGCCUCCGAUAAGAAUAAUUCUUUAAAUUCUAAUCCAUCGAUACAAUAUUUACGAUCGUCAUUUAUAAAACAAUAGUAUUAAGAUCUCUGAUAUAUCCUUGGUGUUAAUAUUAUUAGCAUUUACGUUACUAAUUUGCUUCAUUCCAACUCUUAUAUUCAUAUGCGAAUUCCUACGAUUAUAUAUUUUAUUCACCACUAUAUAUAUGUGUUACAAUGGAAUUUAACGUGUAUGAGUCAAGUUAUGUAUGAAAGAUUCAAUUGUGGAAACAUUAUUCUCCUUUUACGAACGAUGCUAUUAAGUAUCCAUGUAGGAGUGAAAAAAGGUAAAAUAUAUAUUUAUUGUCUACUAGGAAAAUAUUUUUGGGCGGUAAACCAUAAGGGGGGGAUAUGUAGAUUGUCUAUGGGGAAUGGUACCAAUGAAACAUGUGUUAUUAUUAAUGUUAUAAUAUUUGUAUGCAAUUCAAUUGUACUUGCUCGUAAGAACGAUAUAUUUACAAUAAACAUUGAAUUCAUACAAAUAUA